AUGUCGACACUGGGUAGUGGUCGACUAAACUCUCUAAUCUCCCGGAUACGCAAUUCCUCUCGGUCGCCAUCGUCGCCCACACAGACACCUGGCCCCACCGCCACCACAACUACUACGACUACCUCAUCUACACUCUCACAACUGAAACCUUCUCGUCGCGCUAUCAAUGACUUCUACAUCAAACUCGACUACCCGCACCGGCGGUAUAAACCCGGGGAGCACAUCACUGGAUCGAUCGUUCUCACAACGUCUCGCGCGACUCGAAUAACACAUCUCACUCUAACAUUAGGGGGAAGCGUUAUGGUAUAUCCCCACGACCGAAGGGGCCACAAAUGGGGAGAAGAUGUUGUAAAAGAUGUUACGUAUCGGGACAAUAAGAUGAUUAGAGGAUGCAGAAGUCGGGGAACAACGAUAGAAGGCAGACACAGCGGUCGGGGUGUGGUUCUUUUUGAGGAAGAACAGGUGAUUGUUGGCGAAGGACGGUUAGGUGCUGGAGGUUUAGAAGUUGGCUUCGUGAUCGAAUUCCCCAGCAAAGGCGGAAUCAAUAGUCUGGAUUUCGAGAGAGGAGCUAUCACAUAUCUCCUAACUGCUACCCUUACCCGACCGACGACAAUCCAUACAGUCUCAACAUGCACGGCGGAAAUAAAAUUCUCCGAAAACAUUGACGUUUCGAUGUUCAGCCCUCCAAAACCGCUGACAAUAUCAAUAGAACCUCAGCGGCCGCUUCGCCGCUUGAAAUCUUCAGGCUCUUCGAACGACUCCACAACUUACAUCCAAACAUUGCAUCAACCGCCGAAUCUAUCUCCGCCCCUUUCUCCCUCACUUCCUAAAACGCCCUCUAACAACACACCUUCAUUACCUCCCUCUCCGACCGUUUCUGCACAGCCCCAUCCCAUGGCGACAAUCGAGCUUUUAAGGCCUGCAUGUUUACCUGGAGAAUCAAUACCCAUCCGAAUCACAGUAUCACAUAACCGACCGCUGAAAUCUAUGUCCGGUGUUAUAACGACAUUAUCGCGGCAAUGUCGGCUCGAUACAUUGCCUCCUGCCGACAAAGUUCUCACUGCAUCUUCUCUAUCUUUUUCGAAAUCGUGUGUCUCUACUUUCCGCAAAGACCUUAAUCAAUCCAUAACAGCCCUGAUCGUCGAUCCAAGAAGCCUAACGACCGUUAUAAAAACAAGCGUGCGAAUACCAGGAGAUGCUUUCCCCACAAUUUCUAAGGUGCCGCAGGGCGUGCUUGAAUUUACGUAUUUCGUUGAAGUUGUGGUUGAUCUUGGAGGAAAGCUAGCUAGCCGCAACGGAGUAGGUGAUGUUAUCAUGGAUGGUAGUACUGGCGAGGAUUUGAAACGGAUACAGGCAGAGGGCAUUAUGGAGACCGAUCGCAUACGGAGAGAGAAAGGUGUUAUCAGCUGCACAUUCGAGGUUGUCGUCGGAACAAUCGAUACUGGAAAACGGCGGAGGAGAAAGGACGAGAAAUUGAAAGAGACAUCUACAGCACCUACUUCAACACCUUCACAUACGUCUUCUGGAGACACAAACUCUGAAGAGUCGAGGACGGAGAGGGACGCCGAGAGGGAUCAAACGGUAGCCCAAGUCAUGAACUUUCUAGAUGCACCCGAAUAUCAAAAUAGUAGCACACGGUCUUCACCCUCGAACCUGAGUACCACGCCGCCACCUCCGAUUCAACCACCUCCAAUGAUACCACCAACCCUCCCGUCAGCCAGUGAUGAAAAGGCACUCGCCAGGCUGGCGGAAGAGCAACUGCUACCAUCGGCCCCACCGCUUCCUGGACAAAGUAAUGAGGCUUCCGCACCCCCCCUCCAUCCCUACGACGAGGAAGAUCUAUACUUCGUGCCGGAAUCGAGCGCUCAUGCUGCUGCUGCCCCAGCCUACGAAAGACCGGGUAGUGCUACACCGCAACCCGCUUCGCAGCCACAGGAAGAUAAAGGAGAAUUGGAAAGGCAGCGGUUACUCAAUGAAGCUAGCGCACCGCCUGUUGCAGCUCCAACAAGCGCUGAGCCUUCGGCACCUGAUAUUGCUGAUGGAGAUGAGAAUAGUCCUAAUGAGCUUCCUCGUUAUAUUCGAUGA